GUGUCGUUUUUGUUGACAUGAUCACGCUUGUCGAACGUGUUUAGCAUACGACUUUCAUUCGUUUUCACGUGUGGCUUGUACGAACUAAAAUGAUAGAUACUUGUUGCCAAAACAAACCAAAACAACGAUCGGUGGGAGGUACCGCCCAAUGCGGAAGUAACCUGCAGUGAACCCUCUCGCUUUUCGGUAUUAUCCUCUGGACGCCUCCGCUGCCUGCCUGGUUGCUGCUCCUGCCCUAGCAAAGCAGUCAUCGAGAGCUUAUCUGCUUGAGCGAGGCGCUGUGCACGGAAGAUGGCGCUGGCUGAAUGGAAAUCCUAAUGACAGUCUCCAAAUUUGCCUCUUUUUGUACCAUGGGCGCCAAUGCCUCUGCUCUGGAGAAAGAGAUUGGAUCUGAGCAGUUUCCGGUCAAUGAGCACUACUUCGGCCUGGUCAACUUUGGGAACACCUGCUACUGCAACUCGGUGUUGCAGGCGCUCUACUUCUGCCGGCCGUUCCGGGAGAAGAUCCUGGCGUAUCGCGGGCAGCCUCGGCGCAAGGAGAACCUGCUCACCUGCCUGGCCGACCUCUUCCAUAGCAUUGCCAACCAGAAGAGGAAAGUCGGCGUCAUACCGCCAAAGAAGUUCAUCACGCGCCUGCGUAAAGAGAAUGAGCUGUUUGACAACUACAUGCAGCAGGACGCCCACGAGUUCCUGAACUACCUGCUCAACACCAUCGCCGACCUGCUCCAGGAGGAGCGCAAGCAGGAGAAGACCAACGGCCGCCUGGCUAACGGCACCCUGGACUCGCAGAACAACAACAGCAACGCCGCACCCGCGCCCACCUGGGUGCACGAGAUCUUCCAGGGCACCCUCACCAACGAGACCCGCUGCCUCACCUGCGAGACGAUAAGCAGCAAAGAUGAGGAUUUUCUGGACCUUUCUGUGGAUGUAGAACAAAAUACCUCCAUCACACACUGCCUCAGAGGCUUUAGCAACACGGAGACACUGUGCAGCGAGUACAAAUACUACUGUGAAGAAUGUAGAAGCAAGCAGGAAGCGCACAAGAGGAUGCGCGUGAAGAAGCUGCCGAUGAUCCUGGCCCUGCACCUGAAGCGCUUCAAGUACAUGGAGCAGCUUCAGCGCUACACCAAGCUGUCGUACCGCGUCGUCUUCCCGCUGGAGCUGCGCCUCUUCAACACGUCCGGAGACGCCACCAAUCCCGAGAGGCUCUACGACCUGGUCGCCGUGGUGGUGCAUUGUGGGAGCGGUCCGAACAGAGGUCACUACAUCGCCAUCGUCAAAAGUCACGACUUCUGGUUGCUGUUUGAUGAUGACAUCGUGGAGAAAAUCGACGCGCAGGCCAUCGAGGAGUUCUACGGCCUCACUUCGGAAAUAUCCAAGAACUCCGAGUCAGGCUACAUCCUCUUCUACCAGUCCAGGGACUAAACUCGGAACGUCGCCCAACGGACAAUUGAACGCAGCGUCGCAACAGCCCGUGGGCCGAUAACAAACAAAAUGGCCUCGAGGAUACUUUUAAGGGUGUAGCGCGGCGCCUCUUUGUACAGAUGUUUCAUUUAUGAGUGGCGUUCUAGUUUGAGAGAUGAAUGAAUCUUGGAUCAUUCAUAAGUUUUCCCCUUACCCGAGUUGGGAAUCAUCAUAAACUACUAAGAAGACACAAGGGGUAACAAGAAUUGUGUAUUUCUACAGUGUACAGAAUGUUAUUUGUAUAAAUAUGACCAAAAAAAAAGAGAUAUUAUUGGACAAUGUCAGAGAUGUAUUAAUAACACUAUGGUGCACUUUUGAUACCGUUUUGUAGGUGUUGGUAAGUUUAACGUGAGGGAGCAAUUGAGGAGGAGAAGAAGGCCUGAAUCGUGAUCAUUUUCUGUUUUAAAGAAAAAGAAAUAAAGCCAGUCUUGAGGCGA